CGGGGAAAGCGCGCGGUUGGUAUCGCAGCAACCCGCUCAAACAGGCCGCAGGCAUGCGGAAACGCACCAAAACAUCAACAACUGUGCAGAUCUUAUAUUUUGGUAGUCGUUUUUAUUUAAUGAUUUAAACAUAUUUUUGGCUAACACUUGUGCGACUAACAGCUUACAUGCGUCAUUUCCGUUGUUUAAAACGGAGACUUUGGUCCAAAAGGCGGUUUAUUAUGUCCUGAGAACUACCUGGGUUCCGGAGGCGGCUGCAUGAGAAAUGGAGCAGGUAACCAGCUAUUCACAGUGCAACUUACUAAAUCGUAAAUCUCACCUAGGCCUGGAACAGAUCUCUGCAGUGGCUGCAUCAGGAAGUUCAUUGCUUGGCCCAGUAAAGUACUACAAGUUCAUUGUAGAUGAUGACACUAGUGAAACUAUUGUGAUUUGCUCUGCCUUCAGACUUCUGGAGAAUCUGCAGUUGGAUUGUCCGGUAGGACAGUUGUUGAAUGAAGCAGUACAAGCACACCAUAAACAAUAUAAAACUGGAACCUCCACUCUCCUGUUCCUUACUGGAGCAUGGAGUAAAGCGGUUUUGAAUUGUAUAAAGCAAGGGAUUCCCAUUCCUACCAUUGUAUCUGAGAUGUAUGAAGGACUAGAACAUUGCUUUGACGUACUAAUAUCGCAUCAGAUAUCCAUAGACAGCACUUUGGAAAACUCACGAAUGAAUAAAGCUGAGAGAUUAUCGUGUCUUUUAACGAGCUUUCCCACCCAUCUGACAAAUGAAAUGCAAUCAGUUGUAAAGGAACAUGCUAACUUACAGUCAAAUAUAUCAAUAAAAAUGAAUUGCAGAAACAACUACAGCAUUAGCAGUGAGAAAGGCUCCUUUAUUUCAAGUGAUGCAAUUACUCAUGCCUCUUCGGACCAAAGUCACCCAAGUUAUACAUGCAACCAACUAAAAGCAAGAACAAAUAUGAGCCGACACUUUGUGAAUUCAAGUAUAAACAGUCAGGAAGAAACAUUGCCGGAUUUGUCAAAUAGUAUUCGAGAGGAUUCAUCUUCCACUCCAGCUGAUUCUGCAAGCUUUACAGCUCUGGCUUUAUCACUGAGCCAUGGAAACCGUAAGAUGAUGAAGUUAGCAAUAGAGGCUUACAAAAUUCAGACUCAAAGUAUUUUGCAAGAAAGUAUUAAGAGCAGAACUCUCCCAGAAUUUGACGUUGAUAAAUUGGUUACAUGUUUCUUGCCGGGACCACCUGAGCAUGAGUCUUGUGUUAGUCCUGGUUUUGUCACAUUAAUUUCAGAUGAUCAGUCUAAAAUUAUCCAGGAUUUGGCAACUUUGCCUCUCCAUACCAUAUUUAUAAGUGGAGACUUGACAAUUAAGUACCAUCAUCCAGGAUUCAACAGAAUUUCAGGUGUAAAAGUCGUCACUCAGACUAUUGAGGACAUUUCCAAAAAUUUUGAAGAAGAAUGGUUACGUUCAACAAUGGAUAUACUUCAUAAAUUUCGCAUUAAUUUGAUUCUGGUAAAAGGACUAACAUCUCCACAUUUAAUGAAUAAGUGCCUACAAGAAAAGAUUUUAGUUAUUCAAGAAGUUAAAGAACCUGUCUUUCAAAGAUUUGCAGAAGCUAUGGAAGGUAUCCAUGUAACUUAUAUUACACAAGUAAAAGAGAAUUGCGUGGGAACUGGAGCACAUCUAAGUUUCUGGAAAAUUGGACAUGGAAAUACACCAAAUUUGGGAGAAAGAUUUGCAGUUCAGAUAAAUACAUGUAAAACUGCUGUGAUCACAGUAGUGCUUUGUAGCCCCUUAAGCUGUAAGCUGCAGAUGUUAGUGGACCAAUUCUGGACUUGUGCAUACCGUCUAAAACAUACCCUUAGUGAAAGACGAGUCUUUCCUGGUGCGGGGGCCACUGAACUUGCCUGUCUCUGCCAUUUAAAACAACAAAUAUUUAAAAAUUCUCCUUGCAACCCUGGAAUUAAUGAAACAAGUUGCAUUGGAACUCAUCAUUGUUCAUGGUUUGCAGAAACUGCGUUAUCAUUCAAAUCACAAGUCUUGCAAGCCUUGGCUGAUGGCUUGACUGAGUAUCUUGUGACUGCCAUGUUUAAUACAGGCAUGUACGAAGCACCACUAGAUGCUUUGUCAGAAGUGCAGAAGUGCCUUCACAAAAGUGAUGGAGUACUUCCUGUCAUUUCAGAGUUAUCAGAGCACUUUGAGAAAGUCGGUAUACCAUGCAAAGCUUCCUGUAGCACUGUGAGCGAUGACUGCUUUGAUUAUGAGGUCUAUGACAAUGUAACAGUCAAGCUAGAAGCUUGGCGAAGGGCUUUGAAUUUAGUGUUACUGGUACUGCGAGCAGAUGCUGAAAUUAUCACUGGCACCAAAGCUGAAGCCUACACAGGACAAGGAACAUUCCUAUAACAUGGAUCACAAGCCCAGCAAGUAUGCAGUUAGCAAUAUGGAAGAAAGACAUAUGGGUACAAACGGAUUGAAACCUUAGCCUGGUCAUGAAUGUGGAUAGCAAGAUGCUAAUGACAGCCAGUGUUUAUAGUUGCCAUCAGAGGUGCUCAGGCCAUUACAGGAGGUUUUGGUCCCCCUAAAUUUACUGCAAAAGGUUUGUUGUUGGAUUGCCACUACCUCUAUUUCUUGUUGUAGAACACAGAUUAGCAAACUGGUACAGUAAAAGUAUAGACAGCUGGAAUUCAUUUGCAAACUGUGGUAUAUUAACUAAUAAGUGCAGUGUUAGUGUCCCAUGAGGCUUGGGUUCAAGUUCCAUCCACUGCAGAGGUGUGUAGUAACAUCUCUUCAUAGGUUGAUUAUAAUGGCCAAUAUAAAUAUUUCCUAAUAUUAAAUGUCACACACUGAUCAGAAUCUUCCUGCUGCUUUGGGAACUGGGUUACAAAGUGGUGCAGGCUGUGCAGUAAUCUAUAUGGUUGCAUGUCAUGUUAGGUACUAUUGUGUGCACUACACAUCUUUGCUGGAGGUGAACUCCAAUGGUAUUCUAAUUAUGAUGAUCACAAAGGCAAUUGUCUUGAUUGUGUUUGUUCUUGUCAACUGAGGAGAUGGUUUCAAAAGUUAGAAUCCCAUGAAGUAUUAGGCUACUGAGGAGCUCACUGGCAUCAAAUGGCAAAGCUGGUAUCUGUCCAUAUCACAGUCUUGCCAUUGACUAAUAAAAUUGGUGAAUUGGAUAUCUCUAAUUGCCAUAUGCGGUCAACCUUAAAUUUGUUUCAUGAGCACUUUUGGGUGCAGUACAUCCCUGCUCCUCCACCUGUCUGGCCCUUAACAACAGAAAUGUCCCUACAGUCUUCACAAUAGUAGUGAGUUCUUUUGGGGGUGAGGGGACAGUAGUUGCCAAGAUAUUGUGUGCUCCAGCCUCUGAACUUCAUUUGACAUCCUGAAUUAGAUGGUGGAGAUGUCCUCUUAAUUAUCUAUCUCCUGGAAAACUCUUCAAGUUAGCAUACAUCUCACUGAAGUGGAAUCAGAUCCCAGAAAUGGUGCUGACCCUUGAUCAUCUAUGUACAGAGGAUUCUGGCCAAAGAUUUGAAUCUUACUUUGAUGGAGUUAUUUUGAAGGAAGUAGAUACUACACCAUUGAGUGAUUUAUUAGGUCAUAUAGACGAUUCAAGAACAACAGGAAACUGAACCCUGUAACGUUUUGUAUUGUUUUUCAAAAUACAACAAUGAACAUUAAAUAAACUUGCUUUUCUGAACAGAUUUAUUUACCAGUACAGAUGACCACAAACUGACAUUUUAAUUUGACUUUUGAAAAGAUUACUUCCCUUCCUAGUUCUAAAUGGAAUAGUAUAUUUGGAUGAGAAGAUUACUUUGUAUGUAUGAAAGCCCACUUUUCCACAGCUGUCAUAUCGUUGGAAAUUGAAUGUGUUAUGCAAAAGAAUAUAAUAUUGUUUUUUAUAAUUGCUUCGAUUUGGUAAUUGUAGAUAAGCUCUUUGGUGUGAAACUACGAUAGACAGGAAAUUAGUCUUUGAUUUCUACGAUUAAGAAGAAUGAAACUAAAUUACACCACAAACCUAAAAGAUUUACUUUUUUUGUCGUGCACACACAGAAUCCUAAUGUUAAAAUGUUCAGAAUGCUACUUGUUAUCUAUCUUAACAAUGUGUACAAUACACUGUACAAUAAUUUCAAUUGAUAUAUUACUUCUUCCAAACAAAAGGACUAGGAGUAGGUUAUACAGACCCUCUAACCUGUUGAGCUGAACAAUAAAAUUGUAACUGAUCUAUGACCCCUAGUUUU